AUGAUGGCCUUUGCUUUGACGAGAAGUCGAAGAGCCCAAGAACUUCCGGGCGUCACACAAUACACUGCUCAGUCUCCUGCAUGGCCGAGGAACUCGGACCGGGACCUACCAAGGCAAAUCACCAUCUCCGGGCCGACCCCUAACCCAGACCUCGCACCCGAAGGUCAAGCUUCUGCUACUAUCGCCACCAAGGGGCAAUUGGCGAUCGAUGAACCUGCAGCUGCCACGGCGCAGAUGUCUGCGGACCCUGUCCGAGGAAAAAGUGGCAAUGCGCAUAAGCGCAGAUAUUCAAUCUACUCGGCCGAUCUGAAGGAAGAUUUCGAUGAUGUCUUCGACAGCGCUCAGCCUGCAUCGAACGGUCUACCUUUAGCCUUCUGCCCGGAGCUCCAAGCUAUACCAUCCCAGGAAGGCCUUACCGAUGCCCUCCUCAUCGAGACCUUACACCGCGAGCUAUGGCAACGCCGUGCCAAGCUUCUCGUCAUCAAAGUCAACAAAACGAUGAAAACCUGCGCCUCGGCUGCCGCAACCGAGGCUCGCGAGGUCGGAUCACAAAUUUCCGAUCUACAGGCCCAGAUCCAGGAUCUGCACGCAUCGAACACCUCUCUCACGGUCUCUGCCGAGGAAAUGUCCACUACCCACGACCGGCUUGUCGAGAAGUUCGGCCAGCUCAAGAAGCACCUCGGUGUCGUGGAGGCAGAUCUCAGGCAGAUGGAGAUCGAUAAUACCGGCCUUCUUACUAAGAUCCGGACGCUCGAAAGCACUAUCGAAGCGCACCGGUCGGACACGGGAAUACGGACCAGGGAGGCGGAGGCAGCCGCCAAGGUCAAGGCCGCUGAGUUGGACGUUAAGGUGGCGGACGGAAAGACGAAAGCGGCUGAAAAGACGGCCAAGGCGGCCGAGGUGAAGGCCAAGGCGGCCGAGGUGAAGGCCAAGGCGGCUGACACGAAGGCAAAGACGGCGCAGAAGAAGAUCAAGGAGGGAGAAGUGAAGCUUAAAGAGGUGGAGAAGGUGAACAGGGAUCUGAAGGCGGCGAAUCAGGAUUUCCUCGCUCAGGCCGAAGUGGACGCGUCGAAGAAGGCGGAGCUGAUGGGGCAGCUGGCGCUGCUUAGGCGUGAGAUGCGGUUGUGA